AUGAAAGAUGCGUGGAUUGUAAAGGUUGCCAGUACGUGAGAAAUUCACUGUGCUGACGAGUGUAUCAAGAGGUAAUCAUAUAUUAACACACGAGUACUGAGAGCUGUAUAUAUAUAUAUAUAUAUAUAAAUUAAAAGGGCUGAGGAAUCUACAGUAUAAAAACAUCUAGGAUAGAUUUUAAUUUAAACAAUUGGAAUUUUAGUUAUCUGUUAUUGCCAUGUUUUAUGAUCCCUGAUCAAAGUUCUUUGAGUGUUUUGUAUUUCAGGUCAGUCUGAUAAUCAAGAGACUUUCAGCCAAUAAUGCUGAUAAUCUGUGCAGAGAAACUCAAGAUAAAGCGUCUGCCUUCAUGAACAAACAUUUCAUCCUCAAAACUCUUAUAAUCUAUAUACAGUAUUAGUUAGAUGAUGCAAGAGUGAUCUAGUUUACAUAUAAUUUUUAUUAAUUUGAUCUUUUCUUAGAAGUAAAAAACUAGCUAUUUUGACUGGUUUACAAAUAAAAAUUAAUUGAACGUGACCCAGUCGAUCCAGGUUAAAGCUUUAGAAUUAACCAAAGGUUGAUCUUUCGAUCUUUGACAUUACUCAAUAUUAAAGAUUCUUAUAUUUUGUACUUAUAUUUUUACAGACUGUUCUUAAUGAAGGAUGAAUUCAUGUAGAAAAUAGUAAAUCACAAAAUGACUUGAGCUGGGUUUCUCAUAUGGGUCACAAAUGGUUUACAAAAAUGUGUGUAGGCCUGAUUAUAAUAAUAUUUAGCUGCAGCACAAAUCAAACAAAGAGAGAUUAAACUAAUGCUUUUUCAAAAUGUAAUUUGAAAGAAUUGCCUACGUUAGCACCAAAAAUUGAAAUAACUUACAAUUGGAAUGAAAAAACAAACUAUUUCCUAACCCUAUGUAGUCAAUAGAAAUAAAGCUGCUACAGAUUUGAACUGUUUAUCGUUUGCUAAGGUUUACUACUGGAGUAUAACAAAUAUACUACAAGACUUUUUUUCAUGUGGCUCGUUGUUAUUAAAAAUGUCUAAGUUAUCAUUUUAAGGAAUAACGCUUACAAAAAAUCACAAUUGCUUGCGCUUUUGUCAAUAGUAAUCAAUGCCCCAUAAAACAUGGUUACUACACCUUUAAAACAAAAAACACGGAAUUAAUGAAACUUUCGCGGAGAGUGAAGUGAUGAGAGUAACGUUGCUGGAGAGCUCCGUGACGCGCGGGUUUGUGUUCGUCAACUGAUCUGACGUCAGUUAAUGUUACACUCCAAUGAUUCUCUACUGUACUUUCGACUGAGGUCCGUGUCGAGUCUUCGGCUCUGUUCGCUGUGUCGCUUCUCAACAUGACGGCUAUUAAAGUCAGGGUGGGAUGUGAUCCACAGGUGAAGUCUGCUCCUCUUUUUCUGGACGUGUUUUGCCGCAGUCUUAUAAUCUUGUGUACAUCUCUGUCAGUCGUCCUGUCGUCUGUCGCCGUGUGUGACGGUCACUGGCUGCUUGCCGGCCGUCACAUGUUUGGUCUGUGGUACUUCUGUUCUCUGGAGGAGCAGCACAGCUCUGUUUCUGCCUUUAAAGUGUCGUCUAACUGCACUACUCAUCUGGAAGAGGCCGGGGUGGACGGGCUGGGCGCAGGGUUGGUGCUGUGUCGUUCUGUCAUUACUCUGGCCGUGGUCAGUGCCAUAUUCGGACUGGAGUUGCUGGUGAUGUCACGGGCAAGCGAAGGGCGUGACUCCAGUCGCCGCUGGGACCUCGGGGCGAGACUGGUGCUGCUGGCGGGCGUAAUGGCUGGCGGUGGGCUGGCAACGUUUGGACUGUUGUUAGGGGCGUACGCCACACUCCUUGGCUUCACUCUGACGUUCUGGUGCCAGUUUACUGCCACGUUCCUCUUCUUCCUCAAUGGGAUGGCGGCACGGCACAUCCAGAAUAUUCCACCGCUGACCUUUACUGGCAAACCUGACAAAGUGUAGAGCUCUGCCACCACCACCACAAUCAACUCAUUUUAAAACCACCUGCAGGAGCUCCUUCUGGUUUUGUGUUCAAGAAACGUGUUCAACAGCAUCUGCGUUAGUUGAGUAGUGAUUUUAAAAGUUUCUCAGAUUGAGAUGAAUACGAGUUAUACUUCAUAAAAUGUUUGGAACCAAUUCCACUAUCAUACAUAAUAUAAUCUGUCCUCGGAUUUCAAAUAAAAAGCAAGAAUUGUGAUUACACUGUAUGGCACAAACAAUGGAAGUGUGCAUAGACCAAAACAACAAGUAACAAUGUUAAAGUAUAGCCACAAGAUUUAAACAUUAUACAUGUUAACAUGAGACGAUGACAUUCUCAACUAACCUUUCUGUGCAUAAUUAUAUCCAACCUCUGAAUAUUUCUUGUAGAGAUUUGUUUCUGGCUAUUUACAUGAUAUAUCUGUAUUUUUUGGGCAUUCUGUUGGCAAGAAAUCAUUUACAAGAAUAUGUCUCAUCCUAUCAUUUCAUUUUUAUUUUCAGUUAAUGUAGUUACUUCGACACUGCUGAAAUGUCAUUACAGAGGGCUUGAGGAAGAAGACUUCUGGGUCCGUAUUCACAAAACAUUUGAUCUACCACCUAAACAGCAGUAGAAGUUUUAUGUUUAAAGCAAAUUUGACUAAGGAACAGAAAAGUAAUUUGGCAGCAGGUUUGCCUGUAACUUACUGUAGAUUUAAUUUAGUUUUAAGUGUAAACUUAACUAUUUUAUUUAUUUUCUUUCAUAAAACAAGACUAAAUAUCUUUGGUCACUUUUCUUGUUAUGUAAAUGUAUCGUAAUUUAAGAAGUUUUAAAUAUUUUUACUAGAAAACAAGACAAAACAUACCUAGGAAGAAUGUCAUUUUUUGCAGUGUUGUUGUGCUAAUGCCAGUCUCUUCUUGCUCAUUUUGAAUCUCAAAAGUCAAAGUGUUUUUAUUUUGAUUAAAGUAAUUGAAAACAGUACUAAUAGGAAAGUAUAUUAAGCAGUAAUUAAAUCUACAGUAAGUUACUGGCAAACCUGCUGCAAAAACUACAGCAAAGUUUUACAGUGCUGUAUUCACAAAUUUGAUCACGUAAACAUAAGAGUUCUCCUAAAUAAAAGAUUGUAGAAUGAGCUAUUGUAUAUUAAAAUAACAGUUUGCUUCAUUUAAAUAAUGCUUGAGUGAAAUACUGCAGUCAAAAUCAGUCAUUUAGCAGCUCCUUUUAGCCUUACCGUGUUUUGUGAAUACGAACCCUGAUCUGUAAAAUAAACAUGAUGACUAACAAAAGACAUCUUUACAAGUAAUUUAAUAAAGCUUUCUCCUACACUAACAUUAAUUUCAUAAAAACAUACCUUUUAUUUCUGUCAUAAUUGAUGUCAUUUGGUGUGGAGAAAUAUCUUGUUUAUACCAUUUAUUUUUAUGGAUUACACAACUCACAGUUUUACACAUAUUAAUAAGUGAAUCAAGUACUGCGUUAUUACUAUCACAUAUAUAGGCUACUUACACAUAGCCAUGAAAGAACACAAAUAUUACAAUCACAUUUUGUGCUUUUUACUGUUGAUAAUAUUGUUUUAUUUACUGUAAUGUAGAACACAUAGACGCUCUUAAGGGCGACAAACACCAGGAGCCUCAUUUAUAAAGUGUUGCGUAGAAACCGUCCUAAAUUUGAUUUUACGAUCAUUUCUCGAAGUGCAUACGUGUGAUUCAUAAGAACGAAUGUACGCACAGAAAACAUCAAAUCUGAAAACAUUUCAGAUGUGAAAUCUAUACAUCACAAAUGAUCGUUAAAUUGUGUGCAGCUGAACAGUUUCAGAUCUCCACCUUUUAAUGAUGUAUUAUUAAUGUCAUUGAUAUAUGAAAGAGUUCCUGUCAACGUCCCAAUCCUAUAUGAGCGGAAAGAAUGACUUAUUUUCCAAAAACCUGCAGCACUCGGACAAGUAAAGGUGCGUAGGUCUGUCAGACCCUGACGUGCCGCUAAGCACUUUUCCACGUCAAAGACCGUUUUUAUAAAUAUGAACGUUGCCGUGGAUUUUUGCGUACGCACGCUUUACGAUCAAAUCUGUGCGUGCGCACGUUUUAUAAACGAGGCCCCUGCUUACAACAACAGUGCUAAAUAGAAAUCUCUAACAUCAGCAGCAAGAUGACAUGAAACAGCACAGCCGUGUGCAAUGACAGAAUUAUAAACCCUUAAUAACACUGAGAGCAAAACAAGGCAAUAUAGCCAUAGCCUCAGUUAGUUUAUUCUCACUAUUGGUCUGUCAGAGGGAGCAGGAAGGCUAAGCUUUCUCAAACAAAUGUUUUUCAAAUGAACAACUUAAUAGUUUCUUGCAUAUCUAAAUAUUUCUCGGAUUUGAUUUGUUUUGCACAUCUCUGCUUAUGCUAGCCGUUGGUUUGUCAUAAUAGUUGUGGAGUGUUAGGGUGUGUGUUGGUU